AUGUCUUCCAUCAUAAAAAAGGACAUCGAAGCAUCGACUUCUUCAGCAGAAAGCGAUGUCCAAAUCGGCGAGGUCAAAGAUGUUCAAAAUGCCGAUGUCGCACUGUCCUUCCUUCGCCACGAAGGCAACGUGCGAGAGAUGACCGCGGAGGACGAACGCAAACUUGUACGCAAAAUCGACUGGAUGAUCGUGCCGCUUAUGUGGGCUUGCUAUUGCCUUCAAUACCUGGACAAGACGCUCCUCAACUAUGCCAACGUCAUGGACUUGGAAGCAGACACUGGGAUGACGAAAGAUCAGUUCAGCAAUCUGGCGCUGGUCUUCUACGUCUCGUACUUGGCCUUUGAAUUCCCGCACGGAUAUGGCAUGCAGCGACUCCCGACUGCAAAAUACCUGGGCGUCAUGGUAUUCCUCUGGGGAGCCAUCGUUGCAGUCACGAGCGCCUGCAAGAACUACUCCGCGCUCGUCACCACUCGCGUACUUCUUGGAGUCUUCGAAUCCGCAGUAGCGCCAAGCUUGAUCCUCAUCACCAGCAUGUGGUACAAGCGUCACGAGCAACCUCCGCGCGUUGGGUUCUGGUACCUGGGUACUGGAACGGGGACGAUCAUCGGCAGCCUCAUCUCCUACGGCUUUCAACACGUUCAACUCCGCACCUUCACGAGUUGGCAAAUCAUGUUCCUCAUCGUAGGCCUGAUAACAUGCGUCGUCGGAGUGCUGGUGGUGCUGCUACUCCCCGACAACCCAUUGUCAGCCCGCGGGCUCACUCACGAAGAGAAAGUCUGGGCGGUGGCACGCUUGAGGGAGAACCAGACCGGAAUCGAAAACAAGCACAUCAAACCCGCUCAAAUCCUCGAAUGCUUUCUCGAUCCUCAAACCUGGCUUCUCUCCCUCGUCACGAUUUCCUCCUCGGUGCCCAACGGGGCCGUAUCUUCUUUCCAAGCAACCAUCAUCAAGAACUUCGGCUACAACAGCAAGACCACCGCGCUCCUCUCGAUCCCCUCUGGCGCAGUCUCCAUCGUGGCAAUCCUCAGUACCACCUACAUGGCCGGCCGGUACAACCAACGAGGCAUUCAAUUCCUCGUCAUCAUGGCCGUCGGGAUCUUGGGAGGCGCGCUCAUGGCUUUCCUCCCCCGAGACAACAAAGCCGGGAAACUGAUCGGGAACUACCUGACGAACGCCAUCGGCAGCGGCCUUCCCCUCCUCUACAGCUGGGUCGCCGCCAACUACGCCGGGCAUUCGAAGAAAGUCACCAUGAACGCCGUCCUGCUCAUUUCCUUCUGCGUCGGCAAUAUCAUCGGCCCGCUGACGUUCACGGCGCAGAGCGCACCGGAAUAUCUUCCCGCGAAGGUCACCAUCAUCGUGACGUGCGCGGCUGCGAUGCUGUUUACGGGCGUGUUGCAGGGGUAUUAUAUCUGGGAGAAUAAGAGGAGGGAGAAGGUAGGAGAGGAAAGGGGAAUCGAACACAAAACAGACAUUGAAUUUGCGGAUGUCACGGAUAAGAAGAAUAUGGAAUUCAGAUAUAGAUUGUAA